CAAGAUGUCUGCCGUUUGGCAAGACUGGCUUGGACUACAAGUUCCAUAUGGCACUCGGUCGUUUCUAUAGAAACGGGUUGUUGUCUCAUUACUGGAAGCUGUGCCACCGUGACGUGUAGUAGCUGUAUAAUAUACCUUACACUCUGGUACUUCACCGUAACAUCAUCUCCCCCUGCUGGCGGGUGACUAUGUAUGCAGCUCCAGUGGAUUUAUCUUUUAAAAACAUCAGCAGUUUAACAGACACAUGGAUAGAGGAGCCCAACAGCGGUCUGAGGCCUCUAAAGAAAAAUUCAGAGAUGAAAUAUCUCAGCUGUUCGCUCCGCCUCAACAACAACAACAUCACUGAGCUUCAUGACCUCCAGAAGACUGUUAGCCAUUUCCUGGCUCAGCCGGCACAUCUAACCUGGUUGGAUCUUUCCUUCAACAAAAUCACACACAUAGACCACGUCUUGUGUGAGUUGCGUGAACUGCGUGUGUUGUACCUUCAUGGAAACAGCAUUUUUAUUCUGUCAGAGGUGGACAGGCUGGGAGUGCUGCCACAUCUGCACACCAUCACUCUGCAUGGAAAUGUCAUAGAAACCAACAAGGCAUACAGGAAUCGUGUGAUUACCGUCCUGCCUCGGUUAAAGACGAUGGACUUCAGUGCCAUAACGCGACAGGAGCGAGUCUUGGCAAAGAUCUGGCACCAGAGCAACAGCCGCUGCAGGAGCAGCAAGGUUGACCAGUGACUGCUGGCUCGUCUCCAUCCAUAAACUGAUACUCUUUA